GGUCAUGAUGGAGGCAGAGAUGAUGCAGUCGCCUCCGAAAGAAAAUGGCCAACGACAUGACCUGGAAAGCGGACUGGAAGAGAUGACAACGGCCGUAGAAGAAACAUUUGUGGAAAAUGGAAGCACCAAGGAUGCCCAGAGUUCGAACAAUAGCGCCCUAUCUCCCAACGCGUCCAUAGAAGACGAACAUUUGCAAAGGAUUUACAGCGAACGUGAAGAACUAAUAGGACGAAGAUUCAGGCAUUUGGCUAGAUCAUUCAGGGAAAGAACUCAGAGAGUGAGAAACCGAUUUGAACUACCGCCAACGCCUUCGACGGUCAGUUCUGAGCCAGAAGACACGAGCUGCAAGGCAGUCAGCUCAGCGGCGAGCGGUACGGCGAGCGGGUCGCAAAUUAUGCAUAGCUUGUCGAAGGAGUGGUCUUCGGAUGAUAACGUCGAAUCCUCAGGUGCUGUGGUGGAACCUCAAGGCUGCCUCUAUGUCACAUGGCUGACAAUGGUGACGCUCUCUUUCCUCUACAACUGUUUCGUCAUCCCACUGAGGACGACCUUUCCCUACCAGACUCCGGACAACACAGUGACAUGGUUGGCCCUCGACUACUCCAUGGACGCCUUUUAUCUCCUCGAUAUGGCUUUGGUCAAACCGAGGAUAAUGUACCUGGAAGACGGCUUCUGGGUUAGAGACGUCAAACUGACGAGAAGCAAUUACAUGCGAAAAACCGAAUUCAUCAUGGACAUAAUGUCUUUAGUACCGUUAGACCUUCUCUACUUCUACUACGGACCAAUAUACCCUUGGCUACGUAUACCUAGACUACUUAAGAUACACACUUUUUGGGAGUUUUUUAACCAUUUUGAUAAAGUCUCUCCGUCUCCUUACAUCGUUAGAACUGCAAGGACUUUGACGUACAUGAUAUACCUGGUCCAUCUGAACGCUUGCGCUUAUUACGCUGUCUCGGUGAAUGAAGGUAUCGCCUCGAAUCAUUGGGUCUUCAAUGGUGUAGGAAACGCGUACAUCCGGUGUUUUUAUUUUGCUGUCAAAACUGCUACGUCUAUUGGAAAAAAUCCUAGGCCUGAAAACGAGGCAGAGUAUCUUUUUAUGACUGCAUCGUGGCUAAUGGGAGUCUUCGUUUUUGCCAUUCUGAUAGGCCAGAUAAGAGAUAUAAUAGCAACGGCAACUAGGUCUCAGACGGAAUACAGAAAGCUUAUGGAUGAGACACUCCACCAUUUGAGAAAAUUAAACUUGCCGCCUAGACUACUUGAGAGGGUCAAAACCUGGUUUUCCUACACAUGGCAGCAACAGCACACUUUAGAUGAAUCGAGAGUCUUGGACACUCUACCGCAUAAAAUGAAGACUGACGUAGCCAUAAACGUCCAUAUACAAACUCUCAAUAAAGUUCAGCUUUUUAAAGACUGCGACGAAGCUUUGUUGAGAGAACUUGUUUUAAAGUUAAGACCAGUUUUAUACUUGCCGGGUGAUUAUAUUUGUCGUAAGGGAGAAGUAGGAAAGGAGAUGUAUAUAGUGAAGUCGGGACAGGUGCAAGUCGUGACUGGGAUCGAUGGCUGCGAAAUAUUGGCAACAUUGACUGAAGGGUCGGUUUUUGGAGAAAUAUCCCUUUUGGCGAUUUCUGGAGGGAACAGAAGAACUGCUGAUGUCAGGUCUAACGGUUAUUCAAAUCUGUUCGUUUUGAGCAAGGAUGAUUUAAACGAGGCCUUACAGUUUCAUCCGACAGCGCAGGAGAUUUUAAAGAAAAAGGCUAAAAAUUUGGUGAAGCAAAAUUUGGCUAGAGAAAGGAGGACGAGGGCGGAAGUGUUGAUCAAAAACCCAGACCCUGCUCGUAGACAGCCAAAACUUCUACCUAUUGUCAUGAAGGUUUUACCACCGGAUUCAGGACCUGCCCGCCUGUUGAAAUACGGAUCGCGUUGCGGUUCGAGGGGAAGAAAUAGGAGGUUGAAUACAACUAACAAUGACUUUCACUACAGAGAGAAAAUGCCAACAAGGUGCCAAUCUUUAGACCUCGGUAUGCUGGGAUUUCUAGACCGAGAGGACCGGCUGGAGAAAGACGAAUCGACAUUCCAAUGCAACGUGACUGUGCAUAGAGAAAUGAGCAAAUAGGCAGGCCAUUAGGCUCUAAUGGCCAAAUCAAAAUCUUUUUUGGGAUAGACCAAUUAGCAAAAAUUCUCUAUCGAGUCUCUUCACAUAUUUAAGUUGCCAUAUAGAUACAUGAUUAAUUUAUUUUUUUACUUAUUCAAAACAGGAAAUAAUUAUGACUUUUACAAAAUAAAACUAGUUUAU